AUGAUGCGACGAUUUCUCUCACUUUGCGUCGCUGCCGCGUUGGCAACUGCCAUUGAACCUCCCCGGUUCCCACAUCAACCCUCCGGAAAUGGCACGAAACUGUUGACAUACAACAUCACCACCGGUAGCCCCGGGGAGCUCUCCUCGUCCACCACGUCGGUCACAUGGAUCAACUCUGGUCAGGACGGCGACUUCAUCACUCGCGGGGAGGACGGGUCCUUUGUGUUCGAGAAUGUUGUGAGCGGAAACAAGACGACGUUCUUAUCCGCCGAUAAAAUCCCCGCCGACUUUUGGGACUACCAGAUCUCGUCCGACUAUUCCAAGAUCCUCUGGGCUGUUAAUUACACCAAACAAUACCGACACUCGUACUUUGCCAACUACCUGGUGCAGGAUGUGGCCACGGGAGAGGUCGAGUCGCUGGUCAAAGACUCCGAGGGCGACAUCCAGUACGCCACUUGGAAUCCCGUGUCCUCGUCUGAGAUCGCCUUCGUCCGGGGGAACAACCUCUUCAUUUGGGCACAGGGCACGAUCAGCCAGAUCACGGACAAUGGGAGUCCGGACAUGUUCAAUGCCAUCCCAGACUGGGUGUACGAAGAGGAGAUCUUCGGCACCAACAACGCCCUGUGGUACUCACCCGACGGAGAAUACAUUGCCUACCUGAGCUUCAACGAGACGGGCGUCCAAACCUACACCAUCCCGUACUACAUGGACAACCAGAAGGUGGCCCCGUCGUACCCUCGCGAGUUAGAGCUGCGUUACCCCAAGGUCGGGACCAAGAACCCCACCGUGGCUCUCAGCUUGCUCGAGGUGAAGGCCAAGGCGGUCUCCUCGGUGACGAUCGACGCCUGGCCGGUCGACGACCUCAUCAUUGGCGAGGUUGCAUGGGUUACGGAUGCCCAUGACAAGCUCAUCUACCGUGCGUUCAACCGCGUGCAGGACCACGAGAAGCUCGUGACUGUCGAUGCCGACACCAAGGAGUCCACCAUCGCCCGGGAGCGUGAUGGCUCGGAUGGCUGGCUUGACAACAACAUCGCAAUCACCUACAUCGGCGAGGUCGAGCGUGACUCCGGCCACGGCAAGCGCCAGGACAGUAAGGGGAAGGGCAAGGGUAAAGGCAAGGGCAAGGGCAAGGGCCACGAUGAGCCCGAGACGGACGAUCCCAAGGCCCGCUACUACCUCGACCUCUCCGACGCCUCCGGCUGGAACCACCUGUACCUCUUCGCCCUCGACGGCAGCUCCAACAUCACGCUGACCUCCGGCGAGUGGGAAGUCGCCUCCAUCCUCAAAGUCGACACGACCCGUGGCCUAGUCUACUACACCUCCACCGAAAACCACCCCACCGAACGGCACCUCUUCUCCGUCUCCUACCUCACCGGCACCAAAACCCCCCUCGUCGACCCCACCACCCCGGCCGUCUGGACCGCCUCCUUCUCCUCCUCCGGCGGCUACUACAUCCUGCGCUACGCCGGCCCGGACGUGCCCUACCAAGAGCUCUACGCCACUUCGGACCCGACCACCCCGCUCCGCACCAUCAACGCCAACACGCGCCUGCACACCGCCCUCCAAUCCUACCGCCUCCCCAACAUCACCUACCUCGACCUGCCCCACCCCUCGGGCACCCACACCCUCAGCGCCAUGCUCCGCCUGCCCGCCACCUUCGACCCGACCAAAAAGUACCCCCUGCUCCUCACCCCCUACGGCGGGCCCGGCGCGCAGGAAGUCACCAAGGCGAUGCAGCCGUUCGACUGGAACGCGUACAUCGCAUCGGACCCGGAGCUGGAGUACAUCACGCUGACGGUGGACGGGCGGGGGACGGGGUAUCGGGGGCGGGCGUUCCGGGCGGCGGUGGCGGGGCGGCUGGGGACGCUGGAGGCGGAGGAUCAGAUCUGGGCGGCGAAGUGGCUGGCGGCGGAGUAUGGGUGGGUGGAUGGGGAGAGGAUGGGGAUUUGGGGGUGGAGUUAUGGCGGGUAUUUGACGGCCAAGGUGGUCGAGGUGGGGGAUGAGGCGAUUGCGUUUGGGUUGGCCACGGCGCCGGUGGCCGAUUGGCGGUUUUAUGAUACCAUGUAUACCGAGAGGUAUAUGAAGACGCCGGAGUUGAAUGGGGAGGGGUAUAAUGUGUCGGCGGUGAGGCGGGUGGAGGGGUUUAAGGGGUUGAGGGGAAAGUUGUUGGUGCAGCAUGGGACGGGGGAUGAUAAUGUGCAUUUGCAGAAUACAUUCGGUACAACGGGGCAGAAUGCGUUUGUGUAUAAGCAGUUGACGGGGAGGCUGUGGGCGGAGAAGAGGCGGGUGCCGGGGGAUAGGCAUCAAUGGAGCAAGAAGAGGGGCAUGCCGUGGAAGGGGUGA